UAAACAUUGCGGCGAUCGGACGCUCUUUAGCAUAUUUCGGCAGUAUUUGGGGCAUUUCUGGCCACAAAUUCAGUGUAUUUUCACAGAAGGAGACUCUCUAAUUGAUUGUGGCUGUGCUGAACGAUCGCACAAUGAGCAAUUUACUGCCGAGAACGAGCUUCUUGGCUUCAGAGGAAACUGCGGCGCUUUUCACCAACGAAGAGACGGCAAAUGCCCGGUCAAAAGUGGUGGAGUGGCUGAAUGAGGCGUCGCUGGCGGACAAGGCGGACAAAGUGGAGCUGCUGAGCAAAGUGCAGGAAUUGACAGUGAACGCCGAGGCUGAAUUCCUGGAGGAGUUCAUCGACAAUGUGCUGACAUUCGCCCAGGAUCCGCUGGCGGACGUGAAGAGGGCCGUGCUGGGCUUCAUCGAGGCGGCGGCGAAGAAGCAUCCGCAGUUCCUGCCCAAGAUCGCGCCGAUUCUCGCGCUGCUGCUGCGCGAUCACUCGCCUCAGGUGCAGAAGCGCGUGACGCAGGUGUUCGCGGCGGUGUACAGGAGCGCCCUGCAGUGGAUCUGCGCGGACGCCGAGACCACGGACAGCAUGGAGCAGGCGUGGAAUGUGCUGGGCAACGUGAAGGCGCAGAUUGUGGACAUGAUUGACAGCGAGAACGACGGAAUUCGCACGAACGCCAUCAAGUUCCUGGAAGGCGUCGUGAUUCUGCAAACGUAUCCGGACGAGGACAGCGUGAAGCGUGACAACGACUUCUCGCUGGAAGACGUGCCGAUGACGCUGAAGAUCGCCCGGCGGCGGAAGCUGGAAGACGAGGCGAUAAACAUCUUCGAACUGCUGCUGAAGUUCCAGGCGGCUUCACACAUUUCCUCGGUGAAUCUGAUCGGCUGCACAGGAUCUCUGUGCACCAUCGCUAAGCUGCGUCCGUCGCUGAUGAAUCCCGUGGUGGAAGCGAUUGGGAAGCUCAAUUCCAAUCUGCCGCCGACGCUGACGGACUCUCAGAUCAGUUCCGUGCGGAAGCACCUGAAGAUGCAGCUGAUGAACAUCCUGAAGCUGCCCUCGUCGUACGAGAUGCAGUCGACGAUCGUGCAGAUCCUGGGCGAUUUGGGGUGCAGCAAUCAGGAGAUUGCGCGCGCGCUGCCGAAGGUGGACAAGCACGAGCAGCAGCGGCGCGCCAAGCGGGCGCUGGAGUCCAGCAUGGCCAGCGCGGCGAAGCGCGCGCGCCACGAGGAGCGCCAGAUGGAGGUGGACGUGGAGGAGAUCGCGCAGCAGAAGGCCAAGUGUGCGAAGAUCAACGAGGCGAGCGUCCUGGAGGCGAUCAAGUCGGCGGAAACUGUUGUGCAGCUCGUGGUGGCGACGCUGGUGGCGCUGCCGGCGGAGUGUCCGCAGCACUUCCUGGACAACUAUGCGCCCAUCAUGAGCAUGACUCAUGGGCAGCAGAUGCAGAAGAUUGCCGCCGGCCUGGCCGAGCAGAUGACGGAGAAGCGCGUGGGUCCGGGCGCGAGUGCGAUCACGAAGGAGCCGCCGAUGCGGCCGAAGGUGUCGCUGGAGGAGGAGCGGAGCAUUGUGCAGGGAUUGCGGGCGAAGGAGCCACUGGUGGUGGAGCAAGCGGCGCCGGCGGAGGCGCCAGAGGUGGCGCGCGAGGAUGAGAGUCAGCAGAGGAAGGACGAGGCGACGAAGAAGCUGCGCGAGCAUCUGGAGCGCACGAAGGGAGAGCAGAAUCUGCUGCCGAAGAUGAAGCAGCGCGUGCGCACGCUGAAGCUGCAGGAGGUGACGAAGCCGCUGUCGAAGCCGGUGAAGGAGCAAUUCCUGCUGGAGGCCGUGAAGAGGAUCUUGAUGGCUGAACGAGCGGCGCUGACGGGCGGCGCGGCGAAUCAUCGGCGGAAGAUUCUCACGGUCUUGGCGUCGACUUUCACGCCAAGUGUCCGGGAAGCCAUUCUGCAGUUCAUCUUCGAGGACAUCCGCGAGCAGCUGGAUCUGGCGUUCUCCUGGAUCUACGAGGAGUACAGCCUGCUGCAGGGCUUCACGCGUCACUCGUACAUCAAAUCCGAGCACAAGCCGGACUACGCGUACAACAAACUCCUCUGCGAUCUCAUCCAGCACGUGGCGUAUCACGCGGAGAUCCGCGACAAGGGAUGGAAGGUGGAGGUGAUCAGGGCGCUGUAUCUGGAGACGCCUCUCAUCACGGACGAGUGCAUUGACAUCCUGAUCACGCUGUGCGAGAUGGAAUACUACACAGAAGCCGCCAUUGCGCUGGCCAAGGAUCUCGCCGUGGAGCGUCCGACGAAGACGGACAAGUUCCUGAAAGUCCUGCUGCGCUUCGUGCUGCACGAGACCGCGGAGAUCCGCAGCAAGGCCAUCGAGGCGGUGAUCACGAUCUACGCCGUGCACAAGAUGAUGGUGACGCAGAUUGAGGAGUUUGCGCAGCUGUGGCUGUCGCAUCUGGAGAAGGAGACGCCGCCGGAUGACAUCUUCCAUCUGCAGUACGGCCGGCCGGAGCCGAUGCUCGUGUGGAGUGACGAUCUGGCCAGGAUCUGUCUGAAUCUCUUCCUGGCACUCAUGCCGUAUCACGAGCAGCUCAUCCACAAUCUCUGCGCCGUGUACACGGCCACGAGCAGUGACAUGAAGAGGAUCAUCCUGCGCUCCAUCGAGGUGCCGAUCCGACACAUCGGGCCGGACAGCUUUGAGCUGCUGAAUCUGGUGGAGAACUGCCCGAAGGGCGCGGAGACGCUGAUCACGCGCAUUAUCUACAUCCUCACGGAGAAGAGUCCGCCGACGCCUGAGCUCGUGGCGCGCGUGCGUGAGCUGUAUCACACCAGAGUGUCUGACGUGCGACUGCUGAUUCCCGUGAUGAGUGGCCUGACCAAGAGUGAGAUCCUCACGUCCCUGCCGCGCUUCAUCAAGCUGAAUCCCGUGGUGGUGAAGGAGGUGUUCAAUCGACUCCUCGGCCUCAUGGCGGACUUCGUGCACGCGCCACUUCCCGUGAGUCCCACCGAGCUGCUGGUGGCGCUGCACACCAUCGAUCCGGCCAAAGUGGAGCUGAAGUUCAUCGUGAAAGCCACGAGUCUCUGUCUGGCGGAGAAGGAGACGUACACGCAAGAGACUCUGGCCAUUGUCCUGCAGCAACUGGUGGAGAUGGCGCCUCUGCCCACGCUCCUCAUGCGCACAGUCAUCCAAUCGCUCACGCUCUAUCCGCGCCUCGCCGGCUUCGUCACGAACAUCCUGCAGCGCCUGAUUCUCAAGCAAGUGUGGCGCCAGAAGGUGGUCUGGGACGGAUUCCUCAAGUGCUGCCAGCGCCUCGUGCCGCAGAGUCUUCCCGUGCUGCUCCAGCUGCCGCCCAAUCAGCUGCAGGACGCGCUGACGCAGUGUCCGGACUUCCGGGCGCCUCUGCUGGAUCACGUGAAGUCCAUCACGGAGAUUGGCGCCGUGUCGCAGCAGAUCCUGGACGUGCUCGCGGGCAAUGUGGAGAAGGAGAGCGACAAGACGAAAGCCGACGAAGCUGAGCGCAGAGAUGAGCCGCGGCCGAUGGAAACUGACCAGCCACUUCCGCCGGGAGAGGAUUAGACAAUGCCCAAGAAUGUCGUGUGACUUUUCUUUCCUACUGAAUUAUUAAUUAAAAUCCAGGAAAAUUGUUAAACUUCUGUGUCUAUCUUUGUCCAGAAUUUUACUCAAAGCGCUUUCAGGAAGAUUUAGGACAGCUGAUCAGGAUUUACAGUGACU